GUCCAUAAAUGUCAAAUGCUAUUGAGAAAAAUAUUUUAACCCUUAACUUGAAAUUCGAGAAAACAAUUUUAUACUAAAUCAUGAUGAUAAACGAGAAACAUACUUUCGGUUAUUCUUGUGUAUCAAGUAUAAUUGCUAUUUUUAUAUUAAUUUACUCUAGCAGUCCAAAAUUGAUGCUGAAUUUUGCUUAUGACAAGAAUUUUGUGGAUACUAUUAAAGACGAUGGAUUGGAACCAAACAGACAUUACUCUCCUCAUGUGAAGCACUUAUUCCUUUUUAUUGUCGAUGGAUUUGAAACAGAUGAUUUAAAUGAUACAAAUUUACCGUACAUUACAGAACUUGUUAAAAAUGGUACUGGUUGCUUUUCUAAUUAUAAACAACAACCAUUCUCGACUGCGACACAAAAAACGAUGACAUUGAUAACUGGUCAACCAACUGGAGUUCUCCAUGAAAUUUUCACGAAUAAUGAAUUCUCAGCAGAAAAUAAUUUUCAUUCGCUAUUCAAGGAAAAUGGAUUUAAAAUCUUUUUUGCUAAUUAUGACAAUAUUGAGAAAUCUAGAUUUAUCGAAUUUUACCAGAACAGACAAUCUUCUACGAAAAUAGACUUAGACUGGUUGGUAUUUCAUUUGCAAGCUCCAAAAUAUACUGGAUCUCCAAGACUGAACACAAAAUUACAGAAUUUACGAUAUUUUGAUGCACUUAUUAAAUCUCUUCAUGCAGCCUGCCCAUAUAAUAGCAAUUACAAAAUUCUAAUAAUGGGCUAUUCUGGUACUCGAAUUUUGCAAAAUGAUUUUAAGAAAAAUAAAAAUUUGGGUCCUCUUGUUAUAAUUCAGAACCAGCAUUGUGAGAUGCAAAAUACCGGGAAAUAUUUGGAGGAAUUCGAUUUAACACCAUUGAUAUCUGUUUGGACUCAUUUACCAAUUCCUUCCUCAAGUUAUGGUACAAUUGAUGAGAAUUUCUUGUUUGAUUACACGCUGUCUGAGAAAAUUUUCGCCUUUUAUUAUAAUACUCAAAAAUUAUAUUAUGAUUUACGGAAUUUAAACGCCACUGUUUAUAUUGAUUCAUUGAUUCCAAUUUUUCGAAAAACUGUGAAUAAUCAUCGUGAAUAUUUACAAAAUGGUGAAAAAAAUGAAAUUGCCGCUGAAACGAUUUUGAAAGUUUACGAAAAUUUAAUGAAUUCAUUUUCAAAAAUCAUUCAUGAUCUUCGAAUUCAACAGAAUGCUACUCUUCAAUUUUUGGCAUUUAUUCUUCUAAUCGAGGCUUUGGUAAUAAUAUUGAACACAUCUUGUACGAGUACGAAAAAUCUCAAAACUUUUACUUCUACAUUUGGAAUUCACGUUAUUAUUCUCGUAUUUGUCCUAUCGAUGGGAACUUUAAGAAGAGUCACUUCUUUUAUUUCUAUGACAAAAGAAGAAGCAAUUAUACUCACGAUUAUUGCAACAAUCAUGUUUUGCAAUUCUGUCAUUCUUGUACAGCAGGAAAAUUUUCUCUCUACUUUCUUCUCGAAUUUAAUGGCAAAUGCAAGAAAAUCAAGGGAAACAUUAAGAACUUUAUCAUUAACAAUUGAUCAUCCGGUUGUCAUUAAGAAGAAUCCAAUUUUUAUGGCUCUACUAUUGGGAACUAUUUUAAAAUCAUUCAGUUUAUUAGAAAAUAAUUUUAUCAAAUGUGAAAAAAGUAUCUGGAUUUUUCUUUGGACUAGCAUUUGUUUCUGGAUUGUUUAUAACAAAGUGAAAUCAUAUUUUCUACUGUUCUACUACAAAAUUUCUAUUGGUCGAAUUGAUGGAGAAAAUAUUGAGUCAUGUAUAAAAACAAUAAUCGCCCUCUUUAAUUUAAUUUUCUUCAUGAAUAUGAUCAAUUCAUUUUUUACAAGUACCGAGUACUGGUUGCAUCCCAAGUUUGAUUCACUUCUUUUGUUCAUUGGUCUUAUAAUGACUGCUCUUCUGUGCAGAAGUUUUUAUGAAGAAUUAUCUAAUAAAUUUGAGAAAAUCAUAAUAUCUAUCUACUUGAUUAUUACAAUAUGUGCAAUUUAUGCAUUAAAAGUUGCUGAAGGGAAGGCUACCUUUUAUUUUUUCUCAAUUUCAAGCACUGGAAAAACAGAAUUAAUAUUAAUUUGGAGUGGAUAUUGUUUUUGUUUAAUAUACAAUCUUGUGAUGUUCAUUAGGAAAACUUGUAUUGGCAAAAAAUCAAGUGCAAUCGAGUUAUUGAUCACUUUAAUUGCAUGUUGUUCGGUGUUUAUGACUUGUCAGAAAAGUACUCCAAAUAUUAUUAUAAUUUUAAUGGAAAUAAUUUUUAAUCUAAUAAUAAUAGUAAUACUUCAGAAAGAUAAAAGUCUUAUAUUGCUACAUGUUUGGCUCGGACAUUUGUUCUAUAAUUAUCAGGAAAAUUACGUCCUCAAUGCAGACUAUAUAGAAGAAGUAAUUUACAAUUUAUCUUCAGUGGACUUUAAUUUAAUAAUUAAUGGAUUGACAUCAAUUUUGAAUCAAUUUUCCCCGCUGAUUUUGACCUAUUUUUUUUGCAUUCUAGGACAAAUAGAUGCCAAAAAAAGAUUUUCCAAAAGUGUGUUGAGAGUAAAUAAAACUUACAUGAGUUGUCAACUUUUGAUAAUUAUUAUUUACACACUGGGAAUAAUAUUUCGAUCUCCAAACGAAUGGUCCUGGACAUUUAUUUAUCUGAAACUCCUUUACGAAGUGAUCUACAUAAUAUUAUUUAUUUUAAUAUCAUUGGGCAUUCAAACUUUCGCUAGUUUACAUGACAUUAUUGCAACACCUUCAUUUACUCCAGAAAUUGUAUAAUUUCUUUAAUAAAGAUCUAAAUUUUCUUGUA